GAUUGAGUUCUCAUGUGUCACUGUCUCCUCACACUGACUCUCACUCCCACGCUUGCUGCUUCGACUGCCUCCAUUUUCUCUUCUAUUUCCCGAAAUAUCGGAAAAAGAAACUAACGCCCAACGCAAAUUAUUAUUCCUUUCAAAAUUCAACCCACUCUUACCUACUUUCCUUCAAUUUCAUCCUUAUUUUACCCUCUCAAAUGACGAUAAUCAACACCCCCAUCCCAUCUCCAUCUUCUUCUUCUACUUCCUCCACAUUUCCUCCUCCUUGCUUCACUUCCCUAUACCGCAGCUCCAGGGUUUUGCCUCGGGUGCCUUGUACCACCCAAAGGAUUUGCCUUACCUCUAGUCUUCCAACAACAACUAAUAAUGUAGUUUCUAGAUGCUUCUCUUCUUCUGUGGGAGUAGAAGCGUUAGUUACGUCCAAAUCUGAGGAUGUUACUGCGCCUCCUCGCAUUGGUGAUGACAAAAUCGGCGUUUUGUUGCUCAAUCUUGGAGGUCCUGAAACUCUCGAAGACGUCCAGCCUUUUCUGUUUAACCUUUUCGCUGAUCCGGAUAUUAUUCGACUACCAAGGCUGUUUCGUUUUCUUCAAAAGCCAUUGGCACAAUUCAUAUCGGUUGUCAGGGCACCCAAGAGCAAAGAAGGGUAUGCAUCGAUCGGUGGUGGCUCUCCAUUGCGGCAAAUAACUGAUACACAGGCAGAAGAGUUGAGAAAGUCCCUUUGGGAGAAGAAUGUGCCAGCAAAGGUGUAUGUUGGUAUGCGUUAUUGGCAUCCAUUUACCGAAGAAGCUAUCGAACAGAUUAAAAGAGAUGGAAUUACAAAGCUUGUUGUGCUUCCUCUUUAUCCGCAAUUCUCAAUAUCAACUAGUGGUUCAAGCCUUCGACUCUUGGAGAGUAUAUUCCGGGAGGAUGAGUAUCUAGUUAACAUGCAACACACAGUUAUACCUUCUUGGUAUCAGCGCGAGGGAUACAUCAAGGCCAUGGCAAAUUUGAUUGAGAAAGAAUUAGAAAACUUUGACAACCCUGAGAAGGUUAUGAUAUUUUUUAGUGCACAUGGUGUCCCACUUGCAUAUGUGGAAGAGGCUGGUGAUCCUUACAAGGCCGAGAUGGAGGAAUGUGUGGAUCUAAUAAUGGAAGAGUUAGAAAAGAGAAAGAUAACCAAUCGAUACACUCUAGCAUAUCAGAGUAGAGUUGGGCCUGUGGAGUGGUUGAGACCCUAUACCGAUGAAACAAUCAUUGAGUUAGGAAAAAAAGGAGUGAAAAAUCUUUUGGCUGUCCCUAUUAGUUUUGUCAGUGAGCAUAUUGAAACUUUAGAAGAAAUUGAUGUUGAGUACAAAGAGUUGGCUCUAGAGUCAGGUAUAGAAAAAUGGGGACGUGUCCCAGCAUUAGGAUGUGAACCGUCCUUCAUUUCAGACUUGGCUGAUGCUGUGAUUGAGAGUCUUCCUUAUGUUGGGGUUAUGGCUGUUUCGAAUCUUGAGGCUCGACAGUCUUUGGUCCCACUUGGCAGUGUAGAAGAGUUAUUGGCAACAUAUGAUUCAAAACGUACUGAACUUCCUCCACCUGUGAUAGUCUGGGAAUGGGGUUGGACUAGAAGUGCGGAGACUUGGAAUGGAAGAGCUGCUAUGCUGGCAGUGCUUGUUCUAUUGCUCCUUGAAGUUACCACUGGAGAGGGGUUUCUGCAUCAAUGGGGCAUUUUACCUUUAUUUCGGUGAAUAAUAUCUAACUGCCUCUCUCUUUCCUACUCCUUAAGACCAUCGGGUGUAAAUUUCAUGCAUUCUAUUAGCAUUACCUUAUACAUGCAUUACAACGGAUAUAGAAGCUGAAUUGAAAUCUAUUGUGACUCUAUGAUUGGAUUUGGCUAAAUAGUAUAGGCGCAAGUAGCGCAAUGCCUACCCUUGUAGGUGGACAGGAAAGGGAAAUGUAGUGUCUAUACUUCAUGCAAUGUUAUUCAAAUGAAAAAUUUGUAAAGUUUUGGCCUCA